AUCCGAGACGAUGCAGGGGAUUUGAAAUCGUUUUAAACCAGAAUCACAUCGAUGAUUUCAGUUUAUAUUUCGUUCGCAUCGCGUAGAAAUCUGCGAUCUGCGAGUGAUCCGCGCGAUGUCCGGUGAAACGGUGAGGUCUUGAGGGAAACCGAAAAGCGUCGAUCCGUGCGCGUGACCGCGUAAGAUCAGAAAUAUCGCAGCUCGGGUUUCCCUGGAGAGAAACGGGUUGUCGCUGCAUGUGUCACCGUGAGUGCUCGCUGUGCUACAAGGCACCGUGUCCUGCACCAACGGCAAGUACUUUCCGUUAAACCGUUUCACGUGCGCAUCGUCGGCAGUGCACCCGCGGUAGAACAGAUGCGACGAUUGAGCUAAAUACACCUACGAAUCGCCACCACCGAUGAGUUUGGCCGCGUUGCGCUCUGUUCGGUGCUGCUCCUUCAACUAAUCGCGUGUGUGAUGCCCGGGAGUCGCUCCAGCACGGACCCAGAGCACAAGUCACCGCGGGAAAGUGGUGAAGAUUCGGAAGAUGAGAGCGAAAUCCUGGAGGAGAGCCCCUGCGGGCGGUGGCUCAAACGCCGGGAAGAGGUAUAUGUAGGUUCCAAGUCCACGUUAGCCGAAGGCUCUACCUUUGGAGCAGCCAGAGGCAGUGAAAACGAAGUCACUGAAAUGGAGGUGGAACAACGUGAUGUGCCGGGAAUCGACUGUGCCUAUUUGGCAAUGGACACAGAGGAAGGAGUUGAGGUUGUUUGGAAUGAGGUGCAAUUCUCUGAAAGGAAAAACUUUAAAGCGCAGGAGGAAAAGAUACAGCUUGUGUUUGAAAAUCUUACGCAGUUGGAGCACCCUAAUAUUGUUAAAUUUCAUAGGUAUUGGACGGAUACCCAUAACGAUAAGCCUCGAGUCAUAUUUAUAACUGAAUAUAUGUCCUCCGGGUCUUUGAAACAGUUCCUAAAACGAACAAAACGUAAUGUGAAAAAAUUACCCCUGCAAGCAUGGAAACGUUGGUGUACUCAGAUACUUUCUGCCUUGAGUUAUUUACAUUCCUGUUCGCCCCCCAUUAUUCACGGAAAUCUCACUUGUGACACUAUAUUUAUUCAACAUAACGGGCUUGUAAAAAUUGGCUCAGUGGCUCCCGACGCGAUUCAUCAUCACGUUAAAACAUGUAGAGCGAACAUGAAAAACAUGCACUUCGUAGCACCUGAAUAUGGAAAUUCUGUGACCCCUGCCAUUGAUAUUUAUUCGUUCGGUAUGUGCGCCUUGGAGAUGGCCGCAUUAGAAAUCCAAGGUAACGGUGAUUCCGGUACGACCGUGACCGAUGAGAACGUACGGAAGACCAUAGAAUCGUUAGACGAUGCCCAGCAAAAGGACUUCAUCCGAAAAUGUCUUCAAAUGGACCCGCUGAGUAGACCGAGCGCGAGGGAACUACUUUUUCACCCCGUCUUGUUCGAAGUACACUCGUUAAAGUUGCUCGCCGCUCACGCCUUGGUGAAUUCAGCUACUAACAUUUCAGAAACGAUAACGGAUGAAGUUUUGCAAAGGCUAUACGGACCUGAUACGGUAGUUGCGGAAAUUAAGUAUCAAGGACGACCGCCGCAGCAGAUACGAUUAAGUGAUAUUCCCGUUACGGAAAAGUUAGAGAAAUUCGUCGAAGAUGUAAAAUACGGUAUAUACCCUCUGACAGCAUUUAUGGCGAAGCUACCACCACCUGUUCGACCCAGGGCGAUAUCUCCCGAGGUCACCGAAUCGGUAAAGUCGGUGACACCCGAACCGGUGGACGUGGAGUCCCGGAGAGUAGUUAAUAUGAUGUGUAACGUUAAGCCUAGGGAAGAAAGUUGUGAAUUACUUAUGACAAUAUUAUUACGAAUGGAUGACAAGAUGAAUAGGCAAUUGACGUGUCCCGUGAGUCAAUUAGAUACUUCGAUGCUUCUCGCUCAGGAGCUUGUACAUUUCGGAUUUAUUAACGAGAACGAUCGUGAUAAAAUAGCAAAUUUAAUCGAAGAGGCAUUAAGGAGUUGCUUUAAUAAGCAAAUGAUGACGCCAGGAAUGGUAUCGCUAACCAAUCUUCCCACCCAGACUACGUUACUGUUGCCUGGACCAGAGUUUCCGUGCUUGCAACACUUCGAUAAUUCGAUGUAUAACGCGACAACAUCCAAUAGUGAUAGUGUUAUAACUAACCCGCUGCCAAAAACCUCAGGUCUACCUGUCGUGUCGAGUAUCACGAACAGAAGUCAACUCGAUGAAACGGAACCACCGUCGAACGCUGAGAGCGGUAGUUAACCAUCCAGGAUAUCUGGUAACUCAGUUCACUGUGCCACUUUGCACGCUCUAUGUAUAGACUGGCUAUGUAUUUUUAUAUUUAAGUAAAACAGGAUGAAAGAAUGGAAUCAAAUGAUUAAAGGAUGAUAAAAAUGGGCGCCGUGGCUUAAGUAUUUAGUCGAGAACGAUGCUAACGCGAAAUAGAUUCAAUUCGUAUACUUUUUGUUUUUUACUAACUGCGUUCGGCACUUGAGUCAUUCUACUGAAACGAAUGAUCAAUUAUUUUUAUGUUUUUUAAUUAAAUCGUAAGGUAGAGAGAUAGGUGGUAAAUUUAAUGAAAUAAGAUUAAAGAACGCGCUAAUAUUUCAGUUGAUUAUAUCUUUCGAAGAUGAACCGUGACAAGUAUCGAGCUGCGUGUAAUCAUAGACAGGUAAUUAGGCUGAAAUAAUAAAGGGCAUUUUACUAACAAGUGUUUGAAUUCGUCGAGAAAUUUGAAUAAUCAAGUAAAUGAGGAAUACAAUUUACUUACUGUCGCGAAUUGACGACAUGUUUUAUAGAAUUUUAUCUUUUAUAUUUAAAUUAAUCCGAAUUAACAGUGGAAUAAAGAGAGGAAGUAAUGAUCUAAUUUGGCGAGGUACGGCGAUGGAAAAAAUGAAAUAAAAGGCGGAUCGCUUCUGCAUUUGUUUCGAAUCAAUCGUCAUGUUUAAUUAUUUUUAAUCGCUAAGGUGAACGAAAAAAAUUUUAAUUGGAAAAGAUAAAAAAGACAAUGGGAAGAGAAUAGUAGCGCGUAUAAUGUUGAUGAAAUAUAGAAUGUAAUAGAACAGUGGUCGCUCAAAUAUAAAUACAUUUGUUCUUCUUUCGCAAUAAUAAUGGAAUACAGCCACGGCCCUCCUAUACUUCGGUAUUAUUGAUGUGAUUAAACCAAGGUUAUUAAAUCUCGAUAAAAUUAGCUGAGAAAUCCUUGUAAAUAAUUUAUAUUUUUAAGAAGAUCUGUUGACACAGAAAACUAGUCAUAUAGGUAUAUUCGAGUGCUAACAAACUAACACCGACCUUAUUAUGUCUUUUUGCAUUUAUAACACAUGCUUGGCCAAGAGAAUACUGCGCUCCGAUUUCGUACCUUGGUAAAAACUAAAAUCAUUAAUAAACGAUGUGAAAAGAACAAAAAAGAAAAUUCUCAGUGACGCAUUUCACUAAGCAAACGACUAACAAACCAUUUUACUAGCGGUAAAAAGAGAAAAGGCAAAAUGUUAAGAAGCCGCAGCAGCAGCAUCAGCAGCAGCAAUAAUAACAUCAACAACAACAGCAACAAGAACAAGAACAAGAACAAGAACAACAAACUAUUACCAACAACAUAAACUUCGAUCUUAAGUAUGUAAGUAGAUUAUCGAACUAAAAAUUGAAUGUAUAGCUUUAUAAUUCAAAUUAUAAAAAAAUAAAAUAAAGAAAAAAACCGGAAAAAGGAAAGUGCGACGACGACUGAAAUCGUGGAUAUUAUCGAAAAGGGCUGUACGCGAUGACAGUGAUAAAUAAAUAUUAUAACUCGGAAUUC